AUGAACCCAUUUAAGGUUUCAAAUUUAUGUUGUGGAAACCAAAAAAAUUUGAAAUUUUUCAAGAUAGUUAUAGAGAAUCAUGAAAAUGAAAGAUAAUACAUAGAGGUAGAUCCUUUAGAAAAGAUAAGAGAAAUUAAAUAAAAAGUAUUUGACAAUAAAGUUGACCCUGAAAAAUCACAAUUAUAUUUUUAGAUGAAGAAACUUGAAAAUGAUUGGACAGUUAAAUAAAGUGGUUUGAAAGAUUAAUGUAAACUAUAUUUAAUAUUUGGCGAAAACAUAAGAGCUNUAAUAUUAUUUAUAAUGUCAUCAAUAGAGAAGUUAUUUGAAUUGAUUACUCGUUACAUUAAUCCAAAGAAUUGA